AUGCCGGAAGACCAUUUUAGGGAAUCUGAUAUUUUAACCUCUGCAUUUCUGACAACACAAUCAAUUUUGAAUUUUUCACACUGUUCUGAAAAUGCCACUAUCUGCAAAGGCACAUCCUGCAUACAGCCCACAGAGAAUUUCAACAAAGUUUUGAGUAUAAUCUUAAGUACCAUCCUAACUAUUAUGCUGGCACUGGUGAUGUUCUCCAUGGGCUGCAAUGUGGAACUGAAGAAUUUUUUAAGAUACAUAAAAAGGCCAUGGGGUAUCAUUGUGGGUGUCCUUUGCCAGUUUGGAAUCAUGCCUCUCUUGGGUUUCACGCUGGCAUUUGCUUUUGAUGUACUUCCAAUUCAAGCUGUUGCAGUGAUCAUCAUAGGAUGUUGUCCUGGUGGAGCAGCUUCUAACAUUUUAGCUUACUGGGUGGAUGGUGACAUGGACCUAAGCAUCAGUAUGACGACGUGCUCAACCAUGCUGGCCAUGGGAAUGAUGCCCCUUUGCCUCUUUGUCUACACCAGGAUUUGGACAGACUUCAACUCCAUUUUCAUCCCCUAUGACAGCAUUGGCCUUUCAUUGGUUGCACUUAUCAUUCCUGUUUCCUUUGGGAUGUUUUUUAAGCAUCGAUGGCCCAAACUAGCUAAAAUUAUACUUAAGGUUGGUUCCAUUACUGGUGCUGUUCUCAUAGUGAUCAUAGCUGUGGUUGGUGGAAUAUUAUACCAAAGUUCCUGGGCAAUUACUCCUCAGCUCUGGAUUGUUGGGACUAUCUUUCCAGCUGCUGGUUAUUCUCUAGGCUUUUUCUUGUCUCGCCUCGCUGGCCAACCCUGGAAUAGAUGCCGUACAGUCGCUCUAGAAACAGGAAUGCAGAACACUCAGCUGUGUACAACCAUUGUGCAGCUCUCCUUCAGUGAGGAACAAAUAGCACUGAUGUUUAUUUUCCCACUCAUCUAUUCCAUUUUCCAGCUUGUCUUUGCAGCAAUAAUUUUGGGAGCUUACCAGAUAUACAGGAGGUAUUUUGCUGAUCGAAAGAACAAUUUGAUAGAGAAAGAAAAUGGAGCUGAGUUGGGGCCAGCAUCAAUAUAUGCAACAACAAAUGGAGGGUUUAAGAUGGAGGAAGGAAAAGAAGAGAACCACAUGCCAGUGACAGCAAAUGGAAAAGUAUAAGAAGUAUGGAUUUUCUGGAACUUUGGCUUUUAAAAAUUCUAUUCCUUAAAGAGAAAUACUUUAAAAUAUUUGAAGUAUACUUUUGUACAAAUAUCCUUCCCUUUAAAUUAUUUGCUUACAAUUGUAUCCUUUGGUCUUACCUCUCACUUCUCAGGAAAAUGUGAGGGAAGUUAUUUUAAUUUUCUAAGGGAUUUAAUAUGUUAGUCAGCAAAAAAUGUGUAUGACA